ACAGGGUGAAGGGGAAAAGAAGCGCAAAAAUCCCAUCAGCUUUGGUGUGCGAUAGAAAGGAUGUAGUCCAGGUCUGUGGCUGUCUGUCCCCGGCAUGGGAAAGUGGAUUACUGCUCUUCUACAGACGGUAGAGACUAGAUACGGAGUGAUUGCGCGUGGAUUUUUAUCAUGAGAAGUAUGGGAUCUGAACGCACCAGUUUAAAGCCCUUGCUGGGAGUGAAUGAGAUGCCGUGUCGAGGCUAGAGGCAGCGGUGGACUGUUCCCGAGUCAGUGGAAAGCCCCUCUAGAUGAGCCAGUCACAGCCACCCAGCUGCACGGUAAAGGAAUAAGGAUUUAAUAUGUCAACAGAGGCCGAGCUCCAGCCUGCUGCCAGACCCAGCGUCAGAAAGGAUUCCAAGAAGAGAGGGCAGGACCGCAGUGAAGCAGCUCUGAUAAAGCGUUUUAAGGGGGAUGGCGUUCGCUACAAGGCCAAGCUCAUUGGGAUAGAUGAGGUCACUGCCGCAAGAGGAGACAAACUCUGUCAGGACUCAAUGAUGAAACUCAAGGGAAUCGCAGCCUCUGCGCGGUCUAAAGGAGAACACAAACAGAAAGUUUUUCUCACUGUGUCCUUUGGAGGGAUCAAGAUCUUCGAUGAGAAGUCAGGGGUUCUUCAGCACCACCAUGCAGUUCAUGAGAUUUCCUACAUUGCGAAAGAUAUCACGGACCACAGAGCCUUUGGUUAUGUAUGUGGGAAAGAGGGAAACCAUCGGUUUGUGGCCAUCAAAACGGCUCAGUCUGCUGAGCCUGUGAUCCUUGACCUCCGUGACCUUUUCCAGUUGAUUUAUGAGAUUAAGCAGAGGGAAGAAAUCGAGAAGAAAGCUCAGAAGGACAAGCAGUGCGAACAAGCUGUUUAUCAGACCAUUUUGGAGGAAGAUGUGGAGGAUCCCGUGUAUCAGUACAUUGUAUUUGAGGCGGGACACGAGCCCAUCCGUGACCAAUCAGAGGAGAGCAUAUAUCAGGUCCCUACCAGCCAACAAAAGGAGGGAGUUUAUGACGUCCCAAAGCGACAUCCAAACAAACAUAACAAACAAGUCAAUCUCUUGGAUCUAGACACUGACCUGUUGCUGGUCACCCAGAAUAUCAACCAGUUAGAGCUUUUUGGAGACAUGUCCACCCCUCCUGAUAUCACGUCCCCCUCGACCCCAGCAUCUCCAGCUAAUACUCUGGACCCCACGCUGGCCCACCAGACUCCAUCCGAACUGUUCACCCCCUUCAACCCCGCCUCUGUACCCUCAGGUUAUGUGACAAUGGGAGCCGUGCCGCCUGCAUGGGCGCAGCAACAGUUUGCCGCUCAGGCUCCAUUAGCGUUUGGCGUCCAGUCCCCAGUGCCCGUCGCGCAGGUCUUACCAGGCGCUCAACCUCUGAUCUGGGGUCAAGCCAACCUUUUCCCUGCCACCCAGCAACAGUGGGCCGCGAUGGCAGGGGCUCACUUUUCGCCUGCCGCUUUCAUGCCUGCCCAGAGAGUAGGACCGCUUUCUGCUGCCAUGUUUCAGACACUGGCUCCGAUGGCGGUGCCCGUGUCCUGCGAGAUGCCCGCGGCAGCCAUGGGUGGAGCCGUGGCAGGAACCUCGGCCUCCACGGCCUCUAGUCCGCAGCACGGAGAAUGCACGGUGCAGAGACAGGAAAAGAUGAGCAAGGAGAUGUUUAAGGACUUCCAGAUGGCAAAGCCACCCACCAUGCCUGCCAGGAAGAGCGAGCAGCUUAGCCUGUCCAGCACCACAGACGCUUUCUCCAGCUACUUCAACAGAGUGGGAAUGGCGCAAGACACGGACGACUGCGACGACUUCGACAUCUCGCAGAUGAACCUUACGCCUGUCACUUCCACCACGCCCUCCACCAACUCACCACCCACCCCGGCCCCCCGGCAGAGUUCUCCAUCAAAGUCCUCAUCCCACGCCAGUGACCCGCCCACCGAUGACUCUUUUGGUGAGGCAGAGGGCAGCCCUAGUCGGAGCGGAGAGGAGGAUGCUGCUGGAGACUCCCAGCAGUCUCCGGGUGCGAGUGAGCCUCAAGUAGAGCCUGAGAGCUCAGAGACGGACAGUCCUCAGGUCGGUAGCUAGAUAGCGGCAGGUCAGGGUAGGUAUCUGUCCUCUUUUUCUCCUCUCUUCUGCGUGUUGGCCUGCUUCAACAACCAUGACGUCACGUCAGCACACCUUCACCCGUCCUCACCACCAUUACAUAGACCCACACAUCGUGGCCAUGUGUCGUGGUGCUCUUUCUUUCCUCUCUCUUUUGUCUUUAUGCUUGUUCUGCUCUCUAACUCUCUUAGGCUGGGUUCACACAGUCAGUGUACUAACAGGUGUGACUCUUGAUUUGUCCUGUUAAUAUAAUUAUAGAUCUGAAUUCAAUCCUCUGUAACCUGUGUGAUCUUGAAUAAUGCCUGUAGUGAUAUGGUAACCAUAGUGUAACAAUAGUAAAUAUCAAGACUU